ACCGGCUGCAGCCUCAGUCGCGGUGGCGGUGGAGGUGGCAGCCACCGCGGCUCCGCCACAUUCGGCGGCGCUCGAGACUGCGGCGGGCGCACUCGCCCCGAGGACUGGACACAGGAGCCCAGGCUCCGCCUGGCGUGGAUGCAGACACCACGCGCCCACCGCGCUGCGCCUUGGUCCUCUCCAAGCAUCCCAGGGGCUUUGUCCGCAUCCAAGCGCCUGAACCCAGCGGGCAGGAAAGCGGGGCUCCAGUGGGAGGCUGGAAAUGCCUUCCCCAUGUCCUUCUCCUAGACCCUUCCUGUGCGCAAGGAGAAACUUGGUGUGCUAGGCACUUGGGGGCGCACCCUCCAGCCCCCAGGAUUGGUGUAGUAAAGAGACUCCACAGGAAGCUGCCUGCCUCGACAAUUUCGGCUUCGUGGGGUAUUUUGCUUUUUAGCCCGAAAGUUGGCUUUACCAAAAGCCCCCGUGGGGAGGGCGGAAAGGAGACCCUCAAUUCCGCGUGCUGGGCUCUCGAAGUCUGUGGGCAAAGCGGCCUACGAGUCCUGGCUGCGCACCCGCGGAAGACCGGAGCCAGUGCCUAAAAAAGAACAACGGAGGAACCCGCCCGCACCGCCAGCUGGAGCGCGGGAUCUGCGCGCGGGGGCAGGGCUGGGGGCGCCCGCAGCUGUCCUCUCCCACGCCGCUCUGCGCGUGCGGCCGCCUUCAAGACCUGGGGCGUCCGGGCCAGACCUGGGUGCCAGGUCCCGCCACCCCCACCCCGUCCCCAUGUUCCGGGGGCGUGGCUUGGCGCAAGGGCGGGUUUAAGUCGCCAUGGGUGCCUGACCAAUCUGACAGGUCUCCAAAUUUCUCCCUGUCGCCGGGUGCCCGCAGCGCACUUCAGAGCGCCGGGGCGGCACGCGGCGCUGCCCUGGAUCCCGAGGCGUCUCCGUCGGCUUCCCCGCGGCCUCGGGCCUCUCUUCUCGCCCAAAUCCUACACCCGCCGCACCCACUUAGCUUCGGUUCUUGUCUUGGAUCCUCACCGAUGGCUUCCUUUCGUUCUCAGAGCUGUUGCUUUUGGAGCCCUCCCCACUUUUUCCGGCCCCCGCCUCCCGCUUCUCCCAGCUCCGGGCCAAAUGGACUCCAGAGAGCGAAGUGAAGGGAAUGAGCACUGGGAGCUGCGACUCCUCGGAAGCACAGCUGGAAGGGCUGACCUCGUCUUGUGGCAGCGACUGGGACCCUGAGGCCCUCCCCCUGCCCGGAGGGAUGCGUCGGGCCGGAGCCAGCGCUGUGCGGCCAGCCCUCGUUCAGGAAGUGGAGACCACCAGAACUGCUGAGCCCAGAAGGGAGCCUCGGCACUCCCCCUCCUCCAAAUUAACUGUUUGGUGACUUGUUAGCUCGAGGCUACCACCUCUUCAACCUGCCCGCGGGGCACCCACUCCUCCCCCUUCGUUGCCCCCGCCCCGAGCUCCGCCCCGGCUCCCCAUCCCGGCGCAAUGGAGUUCUCCGAAGGGCUCGGUUCCAGCCCCAGCUGCUAACUUCGCACCCAUCACCGCCGCUGGUCACCCUAGGCCAGCCCCCCUCAGCCGCCGAGUCGUGGGCGUCCGGAGCCCAGUGCCGCAGCCAGCACUCGCUCGGCGCGCGGCAGCAGCGCGGCGCCCAGGAACCUCUUGGAGAGCAAAGGCUGCGCCAAGACGCUGAGCCGUGAAUCAGCCAAGAAGCCUGAGCCCCGGAAGGGGGCUGCGUGGCUCCGAGCGCCGCGGCUUCUGCGGACACACAGCCGCCGCGGCCGCUCGCCCCAGCUGCGCGGGUUGGCGGGGGGCGGCGCGCAAGGACGCGAGGGUCUGCGGCGAUCUUCCAGGCGCCCUUUGCCCCGGGGCACACUAUGACCUGACGUGCAGGGGCCUCCAGCCCAGGACUCUCAACGGGACGGCCAGGGACAAAAGGGCUCACCGCCAAGUCCUACCAAGCCGCCUUUGGGUCGUUGGGACCCCCUCCCCCAGCCGCCUCCCUCGGGUUCUGCGCCUCCUCCCUGCGGCGGGCGUCAUGGAGCUCUCCGAGGUGCGCUGCCUUAGCGGCAGCGAGGAACUCUACACCAUUCACCCGACGCCCCCGGCCGGCGACGGCGGGAGCGGCUCUCGACCGCAGCGGCUGCUGUGGCAGACUGCGGUGCGGCACAUCACCGAGCAGCGCUUCAUCCACGGCCACCGGGGGAGCGGCGGCGGCGGGAGCGGAGGCUCUGGCAAAGGCUCGGACCCUGCAGGCGGCGGCCCCAACCACCACGCGUCGCAGCUGUCCGGCGACUCCGCGCUGCCCCUCUACUCGCUGGGCCCUGGGGAGAGAGCGCACAGCACGGGUGGCACCAAAGUCUUCCCGGAACGCAGCGGGAGUGGCAGUGCCAGCGGCAGCGGGGGAGGGGGCGACCUGGGCUUCUUGCACCUGGACUGCGCCCCGAGCAACUCGGACUUCUUCCUCAGUGGGGGCUACAGCUACCGGGGGGUCAUUUUCCCCACGCUGCGCAACUCCUUCAAGUCCCGGGAUCUGGAGCGCCUCUACCAGCGCUACUUCCUGGGCCAGAGGCGCAAAUCCGAGGUGGUGAUGAACGUGCUGGACGUGCUGACCAAACUCACCCUCUUGGUUCUCCACUUGAGCCUGGCCUCGGCCCCCAUGGAUCCCCUCAAGGGCAUCCUGCUGGGCUUCUUCACCGGCAUCGAGGUGGUGAUCUGCGCUCUGGUGGUUGUUAGGAAGGACACCACCUCGCAUGCGUACCUGCAGUACAGCGGUGUGGUCACCUGGGUGGCCAUGACCACCCAGAUCCUGGCAGCAGGCCUUGGCUAUGGGCUCCUGGGCGAUGGCAUUGGCUACGUGCUCUUCACGCUCUUUGCCACCUACAGCAUGCUGCCGCUGCCGCUCACCUGGGCCAUCCUAGCCGGCCUGGCCACCUCGCUGCUGCAGGUGGUCCUCCAAGUGGUCAUUCCCAGACUGGCGGUCAUUUCCAUAAACCAGGUGGUGGCCCAGGCAGUGCUCUUCAUGUGCAUGAACACGGCCGGCAUCUUCAUCAGUUACCUGUCAGACCGCGCCCAGCGCCAGGCCUUCCUGGAGACGCGGAGGUGUGUGGAGGCCCGGCUGCGUCUGGAGACGGAAAACCAGAGACAGGAGCGGCUCGUGCUGUCUGUGCUCCCCCGAUUUGUCGUCCUGGAAAUGAUUAAUGACAUGACCAACGUGGAGGAUGAGCACCUGCAGCACCAGUUCCAUCGGAUCUACAUCCAUCGCUAUGAGAAUGUCAGUAUUCUUUUUGCAGAUGUUAAAGGAUUUACCAACCUCUCCACGACCUUGUCUGCUCAGGAGCUGGUCAGGAUGCUCAACGAGCUUUUUGCCAGAUUCGAUCGACUGGCCCAUGAGCAUCACUGUCUCCGCAUCAAAAUCCUGGGGGACUGCUACUACUGCGUUUCCGGACUCCCCGAGCCCCGCCAGGACCACGCCCACUGCUGCGUUGAAAUGGGUCUCAGCAUGAUCAAAACCAUCAGGUACGUGCGGUCGAGGACGAAGCAUGACGUUGACAUGCGAAUCGGAAUCCACUCGGGCUCGGUGUUGUGCGGCGUGCUGGGCCUGCGGAAGUGGCAGUUUGACGUCUGGUCUUGGGACGUGGACAUCGCGAACAAACUUGAAUCUGGAGGGAUCCCGGGGAGGAUUCACAUUUCCAAAGCCACGCUCGACUGCCUCAACGGCGACUAUAACGUGGAAGAGGGCCACGGGAAGGAGAGGAACGAAUUCCUGAGGAAGCAUAAUAUAGAGACCUACUUAAUUAAGCAGCCUGAGGAGAGUCUGCUGUCCUUGCCCGAAGACAUUGUCAAGGAGUCAGUGAGCUCCUCAGACAGGAGGAACAGUGGGGCAACGUUCACGGAAGGGUCCUGGAGCCCCGAACUGCCCUUUGACAACAUAGUGGGGAAACAGAACACUCUGGCUGCCCUAACAAGAAAUUCAAUAAAUCUACUUCCAAACCAUCUUGCACAAGCUUUGCAUGUCCAGUCUGGGCCUGAGGAAAUUAACAAGCGAAUAGAACAUACCAUCGACUUGCGGAGUGGCGAUAAAUUGAGAAGAGAGCAUAUCAAGCCAUUCUCACUGAUGUUUAAAGACUCCAGCCUGGAGCACAAGUAUUCUCAAAUGAGGGACGAAGUGUUCAAGUCAAACUUGGUCUGUGCAUUUAUCGUUCUCCUGUUUAUCACGGCAAUUCAAAGUCUGCUUCCUUCUUCAAGGGCUAUGCCCAUGGCCAUCCAGUUCUCCAUCCUGAUCAUGCUGCACUCGGCCCUGGUCCUCAUCACCACGGCUGAGGAUUACAAGUGUCUGCCCCUCGUGCUCCGGAAAACUUGCUGUUGGAUCAACGAGACCUACUUGGCCCGGAACGUCAUCAUCUUCGCGUCCAUCCUGAUUAACUUCCUGGGCGCCAUCCUCAAUAUCCUGUGGUGUGAUUUUGACAAGUCGAUACCCUUGAAGAACCUGACUUUCAAUUCCUCAGCUGUGUUUACAGAUAUCUGCUCCUACCCAGAGUACUUCGUCUUCACGGGGGUGUUGGCCAUGGUGACCUGUGCGGUGUUCCUCCGACUGAACUCGGUGCUGAAGCUGGCUGUGCUGCUCAUUAUGACGGCCGUCUACGCCCUGCUCACCGAGACCAUCUACGCAGGCCUCUUCCUGCGCUACGACAAGCUGAACCACAGUGGACAAGAUUUCCUGGGGACCAAGGAGGCAUCGCUGCUGCUGAUGGCCAUGUUCCUCCUUGCUGUGUUCUACCAUGGACAGCAGCUGGAGUACACAGCCCGCCUGGACUUCCUGUGGCGCGUUCAGGCCAAAGAGGAAAUCAACGAGAUGAAGGAGCUGCGGGAGCACAAUGAGAACAUGCUGCGGAACAUCUUACCCAGCCACGUGGCCCGCCACUUCCUGGAGAAGGACCGAGACAACGAGGAGCUGUAUUCUCAGUCCUAUGACGCCGUUGGGGUGAUGUUCGCCUCCAUCCCGGGGUUCGCGGACUUCUACUCCCAGACCGAAAUGAAUAACCAAGGAGUGGAGUGCCUGCGCCUGCUGAACGAGAUCAUUGCCGACUUCGACGAGCUGCUCGGUGAAGACCGCUUCCAAGACAUUGAAAAGAUCAAGACCAUUGGCAGCACCUACAUGGCUGUCUCGGGCCUGUCACCUGAAAAGCAGCAAUGCGAGGACAAGUGGGGACAUCUGUGCGCCCUGGCCGACUUCUCGCUCGCCCUGACGGAAAGCAUCCAGGAGAUCAACAAGCAUUCCUUCAACAACUUCGAACUCCGGAUUGGCAUCAGCCACGGCUCGGUGGUAGCCGGCGUCAUCGGCGCUAAGAAACCACAGUACGACAUCUGGGGCAAAACCGUGAACCUGGCCAGCCGAAUGGACAGCACGGGGGUCAGCGGCCGGAUCCAAGUCCCAGAGGAGACCUAUCUCAUCCUGAAGGACCAGGGCUUUGCCUUUGACUACCGCGGGGAGAUCUACGUGAAGGGCAUCAGUGAACAGGAAGGGAAAAUCAAAACGUACUUUCUGCUGGGAAGAGUCCAGCCCAACCCCUUCAUCUUGCCCCCGAGAAGGCUGCCGGGGCAGUACUCCUUGGCCGCUGUCGUGCUGGGCCUCGUGCAGUCCCUCAACCGGCAAAGGCAGAAGCAGCUGCUCAACGAGAACAACAACACAGGCAUCAUCAAGGGCCACUACAACCGGCGGACUCUGUUGACACCCGGCGGGUCAGAGCCUGGCACCCAAGCCGAGGGCACCAAGUCCGAUUUGCCAUAAAAGCAUUUUCUUUGUGUUUCUUUUUUUUGUAUUUCUUUUAUAUAUAAAAUAAAUAUACUAAUAAAAAUGUUUAAUUUUUUUUAGAACAA